AAGGCUUUUUUUUUUUUUUUGAGAAUUUUCCCGAGAAAAUUAAAUCCUUGUCCGUAACCCAGAUCCGUAGAUCAUCACCUCCAAAAUCUUGCCGAUAAAUUAGUUCCUUUUAGAUUCUUUUUUUUUUUUUGCAAAUUCCCUUUAUUGGGAAAUCAAAAUAUAUUCUUUUUUUUUUUCAUUAAUACUGCUAAGUUUUUAUCUCUCAUAACAACCUAACUUUUUCUCUUUUCUCUCCCACCUAGUAAAUGCAGCGUGAUGAUCCCAAAAACACUUGUUUUGGUUCAGUGAUUAAUGGGUAUUUAGUAGAUGUUCAAUAGACUUUAUCCCUUUGCUUCUCCUUGUAGUCACUAGAAGUAACGGUUUUUUUUUUUUUUGAAUUUUGGAGGGUUUUGAAAGUAUUUUAGAAUCUGGAUUUUGAGUUUUGGAGUUGAUACCAAUUUGGAUGGAUCUGAGAGUUAGUUCAAAGAGAAGGGUUUCGAGUCAAUUUCUCUGUUAAAACUUAAAAGUAAAAAUUUCAAUAUUUAUAAAGUAGAAUAAGAGUUUUUCCUUUUCUUUUUUCCUUUUAAAUAAACCCAGUAAGAAUAAAUCAUGGAACAUGUUAUUGGUGGAAAAUUCAAGCUUGGUCGAAAGAUUGGGAGUGGAUCCUUUGGUGAACUUUAUUUAGGUGUUAAUGUCCAAAGUGGAGAGGAAGUGGCUGUUAAGUUGGAAUCUAUCAAGACCAAGCAUCCCCAACUUCUGUAUGAGUCAAAGCUGUACAUGCUUCUUCAAGGAGGGACCGGAAUUCCUCAUUUAAAAUGGUUUGGAGUUGAGGGUGAAUACAAUGUUAUGGUUAUCGAUCUUCUUGGACCAAGCCUAGAAGAUUUGUUCAACUAUUGCAAUCGGAAGUUUUCUUUAAAAACAGUUUUGAUGCUUGCAGAUCAGUUAUUAAUCAGAGUUGAGUACAUGCAUUCUCGCGGUUUUCUUCAUCGUGACAUAAAGCCCGAUAACUUUUUGAUGGGUCUAGGGCGCAAAGCAAAUCAGGUAUACAUAAUUGAUUAUGGUCUUGCAAAAAAGUAUAGGGAUCUUCAAACACACAAGCACAUACCAUACAGAGAAAAUAAGAAUCUUACAGGAACAGCUCGAUAUGCAAGUGUUAACACUCACCUUGGAGUUGAGCAAAGCAGGAGGGAUGAUCUUGAAUCUCUUGGUUAUGUGCUUAUGUACUUCCUCAGGGGGAGCCUUCCAUGGCAGGGAUUGAAGGCUGGCACCAAAAAGCAGAAGUAUGACAAAAUUAGUGAAAAGAAGAUGCUUACUCCCAUAGAGGUCCUUUGCAAAUCAUAUCCUUCUGAGUUCACAUCAUACUUCCAUUAUUGUCGAUCACUACGAUUUGAAGACAAACCGGAUUAUUCAUACCUGAAGAGGCUGUUCCGAGACCUUUUCAUUCGAGAAGGUUAUCAGUUUGACUAUGUAUUUGAUUGGACUAUACGGAGAUACCCACAGGUUGGCUCUAGCUCAAGAGCUCGGCCUAGCCCGAAGCCAGGUUUAAAUCCCCCGGGAGUCUCUGCCGAAAGAACAGAAAGGCCUUCAGUUGGCCAAGAGAUUGGAGAAAGGGUGUCUGGCACUAUUGAGCCGCUUACAAGACGCAUUGGUUCCGGGCAGGGUUUGCAUGGUGAUCAAUCUAGAUACAGAUCUGAUGACGUGCCGUCAUCCAAGGAUGUGCAACCUGAUUCUGAAAAGGUUCGCUCCUCCUCAAGAAAUGAUAGUUCUUCAAAGAGGCCUGUCGCAACAGGAAGCCGACUGGACUCCUCUGGUGAGCCUAACGAAAAUCGGUCUAGCAGAUUAGUCUCAAGCAGUAGUCGCCUGUCAACAACUCAGAGAAUCCUCCCUGGGUUUCAAUCCAGAUCAGCAUCUUAUACUCGAACCUCGGCCACAAGAGGUGGUCAAGAUGAUACCCUUCGGAGCUUCGAGUUCUUGACAAUUGGGAGUGGGAAAAGGAAAUAAAUUGAACAUGCAUCUUGUAGGAAGGAUUUGCUUGUGUCGGAGGCACACUUAUUAUCUGAUGGAGAUCUCGGCACUAUAACGGUAUUUACGAACAGUUACUAGUAUGUGUAUCGGUGGUCAUGAUUUGGUUCCAACAAUGACAGUCUCCCUGGAAAGCUUUUUCAGUCCUUCCCCAUGUACCCCGUCAGUAUACUUGUCAUUACGAUGCCUCUAGUCAGUAAAGUAAUAGAAAUGAGCUUCAUCCUAAGUAAUUGUCCAUAUAUUUUCAACAUUCUAUCUGUAAUAAACACUUGAUGUUUCUUUCUUUAAUUAGAAGCAUUAAAAGAAAUAUAUAUAUUAUAGCAAAGACGUUCUGCCUUCA